AUAUAUAUAUAUUUCCUCCUUAGGCGGAGAGGAAAGAAAGUUUCAAAGGAGGAGGAGCAAAAGAUCACAGAUCAAACUCUCCCAGAGAUAUUUCCGUCGGGCGAAAAUCGUGAAUGCAUCAAGACACAGACUGAGUCUCUCGAUUCACCACCUCACUGAGUCACAGCUCUCGAAGGGGAUUUGCCGAUUAUGUCGUCGGAGUUGAAACAGCUGAUCGUCGUUGCUGAAGGCACCGCUGCCUUGGGUCCCUAUUGGCAAACCAUCGUCUCCGAUUAUCUCAUCAAAAUCAUCAGGUCUUUCUGUGGCACUGAGUUAAACGGAGAGAGUAACAAUGUUGAGCUAUCACUUGUCAUCUUCAACUCUCAUGGCUCAUAUUGUGCUUGCUUGGUACAAAGGAGUGGCUGGACAAAAGAUGUUGAUGUUUUCUUGCAUUGGCUUUCGUCCAUACAAUUUGCCGGUGGUGGUUUCAAUGAGGCUGCCACAGCCGAAGGGCUUGCCGAAGCAUUGAUGAUAUUUUCUCCUCCUUCAGUCCAAGCACAACCAAGUAAUGAUCUGAAAAGGCACUGUAUCCUAAUCACCGCCAGCAACCCUUACUCGUUGCCAACGCCUGUAUAUCGUCCAAAAUUGCAAAAUCCGAAUGAAAAUGGCCAUGCGCACUCUGAAAGUCGUUUAUCAGAUGCCGCGACAGUCGCUUCAUAUUUUUCUAGGUGCUCUGUUUCUUUGUCUGUUGUGUGUCCAAAGCAGCUUCCAAGGAUAAGAGCUCUGUAUAAUGCGGGAAAGCUCAAUCCACAAAGUGCGGACUUGUCAAUUGACACGGUUAAGAACGCAUUCUAUCUUGUCCUGAUCUCAGAGAACUUUUUGGAGGCACGUGCUGCCUUAAGUCAUGCUGCUACAAAUUUGCCACAGACCACCCAGAGCCCUGUGAAAGUGGACAGGGCCACUGUUGCUCCAUCUCUUCAAGUCACUGGCCAACCUCCAGCUCCUGUGCCAUCAGCCAAUGGACCUAUGAUGAAUCGGCAACCAGUCUCUGUCGGACCAGUUCCUACUGCUACUGUGAAAGUUGAGCCUAGCACUGUGUGUUCUAUGGCAACAGUUCCAACUUUUCCUCAUAUCCCGUCCGUAGCUCGGCCUGCUACACAAGCAAUGCCGUCAGUUCAAACAUCGUCGGUAUCACCAAUCUCUCAGGAAAUGGUCACCAAAGCGGAGAAUGCACCUGAUAUUAAGCCUGUAGUUGGUGGAAUGACGCCACAAUUGCGUACUGGCCCUCCUGGGGGAGCUAAUGUAAAUCUGCUGAAUAAUCUUUCUCAAGUUCGACAAGUCAUGAGCUCUGCAGCUCUGGCGGGUGCAUCCUCGUCUGGCCAAAGUGCGGUUGCAAUGCAUAUGUCAAAUAUGAUAUCAACAGGAAUGGCUACAUCUCUGCCUCCAUCACAAACUCCAUUUUCAUCUGGGCAGCAGGGAAUUACUUCAAUGGCUGGUUCGGGUACAUUACAGGGAACUGCACAAGCAGGACAAGGCCCGGGUCCUAAUAAUGCCUUCAGUCCUCAAACAACGUCAAAUGUCGCGUCAAACCUUGGCGUCUCUCAACCAAUGCAAGGGAUAAACCAAGGAAGUCAGUCUGGAGCACAGAUGAUGCAAAGUGGAAUUUCCAUGAACCAGAACAUGACGAGUGUCUCCUCUGGAACAGGUGGAAUGAUGCCUACUCCAGGAGUUGGCCAACAAGCGCAGUCAGGAAUACAACAACUUGGUGGUAGUAACAGUUCAGCUCCUAAUAUGCAGUUGUCACAGCCAUCGUCAGGGGCUAUGCAGCCUUCUCAAUCCAAAUAUAUUAAAGUCUGGGAGGGAAAUUUAUCAGGGCAGAGACAAGGGCAGCCUGUUCUUAUCACCAGACUUGAGGGUUACCGAAGUGCGUCUGCCGCUGAUUCGUUGGCAGCCAAUUGGCCACCUACUAUGCAGAUCGUUCGGCUCAUAUCCCAGGAUCAUAUGAAUAACAAGCAAUAUGUCGGCAAAGCUGACUUCCUCGUGUUUCGGGCUAUGAGUCAACAUGGGUUUCUAGGACAACUUCAGGAGAAGAAACUUUGUGCAGUCAUCCAGCUGCCAUCACAGACUCUGCUUCUCUCCGUCUCUGACAAGGCUUGCCGCUUAAUUGGAAUGCUUUUUCCAGGGGAUAUGGUUGUGUUUAAGCCACAAAUUCCAAAUCAGCAACAGCAGCAACUCCAACAACAACAGAUCCAGCAGCAACAACAUCAACAGCAGCAGCAGCAACAGAUCCAGCAGCAGCAACACCACCAACAGCAACAGCAACAGCUGCCACAACUCCAGCAGCAGCAUCAAAUGUCACAGCUCCAACAUCAUCAGCAGCAACAACACCAGUUGUCACAGCUUCAACAUCAUCACCAGCAGCAGCAGCAGCAGCAGCCUCAACAGAUGGUUGGGUCAGGAGUAAUGGGUGGUCAAGGGUUUGCGCAAGCUCCUGGAAGAUCACAACAAGGUGGUGGUGGCGGAGGGCAGCCUAACAUGCCAGGAGCCGGCUUCAUGGGUUAAAACUUGGUGGCGGAGGGCAGCCUACUAAGCCAUUUUUACUUUCUGCUAAUUAGUUUCAUCAUAUAAACAUAAAACUAUUUCUGUCUUCUCUUGGUCAACUCGAUGAACACCAUUGUUUAGUUCGUGUCAUUUGCCUCCUGCCUCAAAAAUGGCAUCCUCAUGUGGGUCUGAUCAUUAACUAAGCCACCAAAUGACACUGUUUUAUUCUCUAGAGAAACAUAUUAAUGUGGUUUGUCUUUCA